GAAGCACAAAGCUACGUAGGCUGGGCUUUGCAGAUUCUUUCACCCAACAUGAUCUCCACCAGCAUGUUGCAGAGGACAAAAUACAACCUGAAUGCCCUGUCACAUGAUACAGCCAUUGGUCUGAUCCAGUAUGCCUUGGACAGUGGAGUACAGCUUAAGGAGGUGUACGUGGACACAGUCGGACCAGCAGAGAAGUAUGAGGAGAAGCUGUCCCAGCGGUUCCCUGGCAUCCAGGUGACUGUGAGGCCUAAAGCCGACUCCCUCUUUCCUGUUGUCAGCGCGGCCAGCAUCUGUGCAAAGGUUGCCAGAGAUCGCGUUGUGAAAGGCUGGAACUUUGCAGAAGACCUGGGGGAGAUGGAUGCAGAUUAUGGCUCAGGAUAUCCCAAUGACCCCAAAACUAAAGAGUGGCUGCUGAAGUACCUGGACCCUGUGUUUGGUUACCCUCAGUUUGUCAGAUUCAGCUGGAGCACGGCUCAGACUCUCAUGGACAGCAAGGCGGUGCCUGUACACUGGGAUGAUGAUGAAGAGGAUGGGGAGAAGGCGGCGCAGCGGCAGAACAACCGUUCCAUGUUGUCUUACUUCAGUGCAUCAGCAGAAGGCGACAGAGCUCAGCAGACACACCGUUUCUUCUCGGAGAGGAGGCUGAAGAGUUUAAAGUCACUCUGAAGAGGCAUCAGAACAUGUGACUCAUCCUGGACAUUAGAGGCUCAUUUGGAGAAUAUUCUCCUGCAGCACAAACCACUAAGAUGUUCACAGAGUGUGAAAAAUCAUCACUAGUUGAUUUAUUCGUGAUCUAAACUGCAAUCUUUGAUAUUAUUUUUAGUAAAUAAAAUAAUGUGUUAAACAUG